AUCUCAUAAACCAGGUAGAGGCUACUUUGAUGAGAUGAAAGUGGCCGAAUGAGGCUAGUCCCAUACUUACCAUAAUAGGCUUAGCUUGAAAUGUCGCGUUUCGAGUUCGCGUUUUUCCGCUGCUCCGGCUGACCUUCCUCCUUCAGGAUUUACGACAUUGUUGUUUGUUGUUCUUCGCGGUGCAAUUGUUUACCAUCCUACAACCGAUCUUGACCAUUGCGCAUGAUCAUUGAGUAGCAACCUCUACGGCAAACGUACACCUUGGCCCUUCGCCUCAUGCGCGAAGUGGUCCUCCUUUUCGAAAGCCCUGUUCCUGGGCGCUCCUGAAACCGAAGUUCCAACCCUCCUCCAUAGAUCAGGAUGGACAGUUCCAUUUUCGAUGUGGACGGUGGCAGCUCGGACUUUGAGCCAGUUACUGCAGCGAAGCCCAAGGCUGUUACGAAACCCGCCGCUCCCAAAGCCGCCGUGAAAAAGACUACCGCGCCGAAAGCGAAACCAGGCCCGAAACCAAAGACCACAGUACCGAAGAAGCGCUCUAAGAAAGACGCAGAGGAUGAAGACCCGGAGGAUGACGAUGUCAACGUCUUUCAGGACGAGUCCUUACUAGAAGACACUCCGCCGCAGGCAAAGAAAGUCAAACCCAACCCGCUUAAAGGUAGUCACAAAAAGCCUUUGGGAGAUCUUGUCAAUGAGGCUAUAGGAGGAGAUGGCGCGAACGACUCCCCACAACCACAAAAGAAGAAGCGCGUCUCAGAACAAUACCAGAAGCUUACGCAAUUGGAACAUAUUAUCAAGAGACCUGACACUUACAUUGGUUCGGUGGAACGUACCGAGAAGCAGAUGUGGGUAUACAACACUGUUCAAGAUAGCAUGGAGUUCAGAGAAGUUUCCUAUGUUCCCGGAAUAUUCAAAAUCUUUGACGAGAUCCUGGUCAAUGCCGCCGACAACAAACAUAACGAUAAGAACAUGGACGAGCUUCGAGUCACAAUAGAUCGGGAGAAAGGUGAAGUCAGUGUCUGGAAUAACGGACGAGGUAUCCCCAUCGAGAUCCAUUCCAAAGAAAAGAUCUACAUUCCCGAAAUGAUCUUUGGACACUUGCUUACUGGUUCGAACUACGACGACAAUGAACAGAAAGUCACGGGUGGCAGAAACGGCUAUGGCGCCAAGCUGUGCAACAUCUUCAGCACAGAAUUCUCGGUCGAGACGGCGGAUUCCGGGCAGAAGAAGAAGUACAAGCAGACCUGGACCAACAAUAUGUCUCAGAUGGGCAAAGCCAAGAUCACAGACUCCAAGGGCGAGGACUUUACCAAGGUCACAUUCAAGCCGGACUUUGCAAAGUUUGGUAUGGAGGCCAUGGAUGACGAUCUCGAAGCACUCUUCAAACGUCGGGUUUAUGACCUUGCUGGAACCUGUAAAGGCGUUGCAGUCAAGUUGAAUGGCUCGCGGCUACCAGUCCGAAACUUCAAGAAGUACAUUGAAAUGUACACAAAAGCAAUCAAGAAGGAACGUGGCGAGGAAGCGGCCAAUGACAACACUGAGAUCAUCACAGAAUCGCCCGAUCCCCGGUGGGAGGUAGGGUUCACAGUGUCUGAUGGCUCUUUCCAGCAAGUCUCAUUCGUGAACUCCGUCGCCUCAACAUCCGGUGGCACCCACGUCAACUACGUGGCAGACCAAAUGGUUACCCGACUGAUGGAAAUCGUCAAGAAGAAGAACAAGGGUGGUGCGACUCUGAAACCCAACCAGAUCCGCAAUCACAUCUUCAUCUUCGUCAAUGCCUUGAUCGUCAACCCAGCCUUUACGUCGCAAACCAAGGAGCAGCUCACGACCAAGCCUAGUCAGUUUGGCAGCAAAUUUCAGGUUUCAGAGGAAUUCAUGAAGAAGAUUGCAAAAACCGAAGUCAUAAACAACAUUCUCCACUUUGCCCAGCAAAAGGCUGAUCAGAUUUUGAAGAAGUCGGACGGCAACAAGCGCAGCCGUAUCAACAAUCCAAAGUUGACCGACGCCAACAAGGCUGGCACCAGAGAUGGGCACCAGUGCACUUUAAUCCUCACAGAAGGUGAUUCAGCCAAAGGUCUCGCAAUGGCAGGUCGAUCUGUCGUUGGUCCAGAUCUCUUUGGAGUGUUUCCUCUGCGAGGUAAACUCCUGAACGUUCGAGAUGCCUCAAUUGAUCAGAUCUCCAAAAAUGCUGAGAUUCAAAACAUCAAGAACUUUCUGGGUCUGCAGCAUAAGAAGGUUUAUACUGACACUCACGGCCUCCGUUAUGGUCACUUGAUGAUCAUGACCGAUCAGGAUCAUGAUGGCAGUCACAUCAAGGGCUUGUUGAUAAAUUUCUUGCAAGUGCAAUUCCCCAGCUUGCUCAAGCUUCCCAACUUCCUGGUCGAGUUUAUUACCCCCAUCGUCAAAGUGUACAAGGGUGACCCCAAGAAUCCUUCUCAGGCCCGCGCUUUCUACACCAUGCCAGAGUACGAGACAUGGAAAGAGGCACAUAAGCACGAACGAGGCUGGGAGCACAAGUACUACAAGGGAUUGGGAACGAGCACGACUGAGGAUGCUCAGCAGUAUUUCAAUGAUCUUGACAGACAUCACAAAGAGUUUGAUACCAUGAAGGAUGAAGAGGCUUCCCUGAUUGAACUUGCCUUCUCCAAGAAGAAAGCGGACGAGCGAAAGGAAUGGCUCCGUCAAUUCAGACCGGGAACUUACCUUGACCACAACAUCGAGAAGAUCACCUACACAGAUUUCGUCAACAAGGAGCUGAUCCUUUUCAGCAUGGCAGACAAUAUUCGGUCUAUCCCUUCUGUUGUCGAUGGCCUAAAGCCUGGUCAGCGUAAAGUCAUGUACGCAUGCUUCAAACGAAAUCUAAAAAAGGACAUGAAAGUGGCAGAGCUUGCGGGUCUGGUCAGUGGCUUGACAGCCUAUCACCACGGUGAAGUGUCCCUUCAGCAGACGAUUGUCGGCCUGGCUCAGACUUUCGUGGGAUCAAACAACCUCAACCUCCUAGAACCUUCAGGCCAGUUCGGUACGCGAAACCAAGGAGGAAGUGACAGUGCUAGCGCUCGUUAUAUCUUUACGCGGCUGUCUCCUUUCGCCAGAAAGCUCUUCCACCAAGCUGAUGAGCCGCUGUUGACUUAUAAUACCGACGACGAUCGUUUGAUUGAGCCUGAGGUCUAUGUUCCCGUGGUGCCGCUGGUCCUCGUAAAUGGUGCCGAUGGUAUUGGGACGGGCUGGAGUUCGUCCAUUCCAAACUACAAUCCUGAGGACAUCGUCGACAACCUCAGACGACGAAUGGCGGGCGAGGAAUGGAAGCCGAUGCAGCCAUGGUUUCGUGGAUUCAAAGGUGAAGUCAAGGAGACCGCUCCGGAUCGUUUCCAGUUCAGCGGUAUCAUCCAUCAAAGUGGCCCUACUGAGGUUGAAAUCACGGAACUGCCAAUCAGAGUCUGGACCCAGGACUUCAAGGACAAACUUGAGGAGAUCAUCAAGGCUGAGAAGGUUCCGUCUUUCAUCAAGGACUACAGAGAUUACAACACUCACGACCAGGUGCACUUCAUCAUUCAGAUGGACGAAAAGCAUAUGCAGACAGCGGUCGACGAAGGUCUAGUUGAAAAGUUUAAGCUAAACAGAUCUGUGGCGACUUCAAACCUUGUUGCCUUCGAUCCUGAAGGUCGCAUAACGAAGUAUGCCAAUGUCGAGGCCAUCAUGGACGAGUUCUACAGCUUUCGUCUCCAGCUGUAUGCUAAGCGCAAAGAAUGGCUGCUGCAAGAUAUGCAAAAGGAUCUUAGACGUCUCACAAAUCAGGCCCGGUUCAUCCAGAUGAUCAUCGACAACAAACUCAACAUCUCCAAAAAGAAGAAGAACGUCCUCAUUGCAGAGCUCCAGAAACUCGGCUUUGAUCCAUUUCCAAAGACCAAAGAUGCCACCAAGGAAAACGAGAUCCUUCAGGCAGGGGACGAUGAAGAAGCUGAAGACGACUCUACCGAUGCGAGCUCCUAUGACUACCUCCUAGGGAUGGCUUUGUGGUCAUUGACCCAAGAACGUGUCGAGAAACUGCUGAAGCAGAUAGGUAACAAGGAAGAAGAGAUCGACGUACUGAUGAAGAAGUCGAAGGAGGAUCUCUGGCAACACGAUCUUGACGAGUUUAUCGCUGAAUGGAAAUUGCAGCUGGAAGAAGAGCACAAUCGGAAGCGCAAUGCCCGAAAAGGACGGCGCGUUUCCAAGAAAUUCGCAACAGCUGCCAACUCCAAGAAGACCAUCAAGAAGCGCAAAGGACUGGGUGAUGCUUCUGACGAUGAGUCUGACUUUGAGCAAUCUGCCCCCAAGCCAAAGAAGAGUGCGCCAGCAGCAAAGGCAGCACCGAAGCAGAAGUCCAUUGCAGCGUAUGUUGCCCCGAAGCCAAAGACCAAUGUGUUAAAGAACGCAAUGGAGCAACGCAAGCUGUAUACUGAUGGUUCCAGUGACCCCGUUGAAGAGCCAGAAACUCACGAGGCUCGUGCCAAUGGUGCUAUUAUGAGUGUCAAGGAGGAUCCUGAGAUGAAAGAGGCUGCUCCGAAGCCUGCGAAUCGUCAAGCCCGAGCUGUCACAAAGAAGCCUACCAACUAUGCUCUAGUUAGUGACUCGGAGAGCGACAAUGGAGAUGGCUUGCUCGCCGACUUGGGUGACAUGGUCAAAGGACUCCCAAGCAAAUCAACUACGGACAGUGGGAGCGAACCAAGAACCCUCUUCUCGGCUUCGGCGUCUCGUCCUAGCAGCAGUCAUGGUUACAAACUUCCGACGAAGCCAGCUCCAAGGGACGAUGGAUCAGCAGACGAGACGGACUAUAAGAUGCUAGCGCCGCAGUCAUCUCCCAGACGUUCGAUCAUGGUCACCACCAAGGAAGACACCAAUGGGGUCGAAGAACUUGAUGAUGACGUUGCCUCUGUGAAGCCUGUAAGCAAGACUGCACCAAAGAAGGAGAAAGAUAUCAUGGACCUAGGCAGCGACAGCGAUGUGGUUUUGCCCAAACCAAGCAGGAAAGCUCCGGUCAAGAAGGCGCCCAAGGACAGCCAGCCCCAAGCCAAGAAGCCAGCAGCGAAGAAAGCAGCAGCGGCUCCCAAGAAAGUCGAACAGUCUCCCGUGGCAAAGGCAUAUGCGAAACGCUUGGCCAAGAAGAAGGUCAUAGAUUCCGACGAUGAAGUGGACGCACUUGCGGAUGACAUCUUGAAAUCCCCUUCAGCGUCCGAUUCAGAUGCGAUCGUGGCUCAGAAGCCGGCGCCUAGAGCUGCAAGACGUACUGUGGCUACGAAGAAGGCGGCACAGUACACCUUUGACGACGAUGAGGAGGACGGUGGUAGACUUGAGCAUGACGAAUCAUCGGCGGCGUUUUCGGAGAGCGAGUAAGGAUUGGAUUCCAUGGAACAGUGCAGCCUGAUCAGGAAAAUAUCUGUGGCACGGCUCCGACGCCUUGUGAAUUGGUGCAUAGGCAGGCAAAUAGGUUUGCACGUAUUCUCGUUGAAUCUUGCUGCCCAUGGUGUGGAGAGGCCACACGAAAAGCUGCGUUCAUGAUAUGUACGAGGUAUUGAUGUCACCGAUCAAUCGUGAUUAGUAUGCCCUUGGA